AUAAGUCUGCUAAUAUUAUUUGUAAACAUUACGAAUCUCGAGUUAAAAAUAUAUUAAAAUGACGCUAAAUCCAUUAUCAAAUCCAAAAGGUGUUAAGCUGUUAUGUGAACUUUGCCAGAAACCAGCUUUUGUACAAUGUACAAGAUGCAGAGUAACGUAUUACUGUGGAGUGGAGCACCAGCAAGCGGACUGGCUAGGGAUCCAUGAGAAGAUCUGUCAGCUUCUUAUCCCUCUCAGAACCACCCAGGUAUCUUUCCUCUCCUCAGAGGAGCAACGCAGGAAACAGGAAGCCGAGAUGCUCGAGAGAAGGGAACACAUGAUAGAACUGACCAGAACAACGGGCCAGAAGUUACUCUUUGAAGGCAAGCACGAGCAGGCGGUCCCUGCGGCUAUGCAGUCUCUCAGGUUCAGCAUCGAUGUACACGGGCUGGAUAGCAUCGAAUUGGUUCCUUCGUAUCUCAUUCUGGCUGAAGCAAGCAUUGGGCUUCACAAGCUCCAGCAAGCCGAGGAAUACCUUGCCCAAGCUCAGUGGACGGUGGUGAAGACGCCCGAUGCCAGUCAUGCCAUGAAGUCCAAACUCUACCGCAACUGGGGACUGCUCUACGCAGCAGAAGGCAACUACGAAGAAGCGCUCAGGAACCUGGCUGACGAUAUCUUCAAUGCUUCAGAGCAGUACGGCACGGACAACAUCGGAACCUCGGGCGGCUACUUUCACAUGGCCAACGUCUUCUUCCGUCAGAAUCACAUGGACAUUGCAGACUCCCUCUAUGGGCGGGUAACGGACAUCUGGCACACCCAUCUGUUGAGACUGGUGAGGGCGCGCACCCAUCGGGCGGAAACGCCAGCAGGGGUAGGAGCCGUGGCGGUGGAACUGAAGAAAGCUAAACCAGAGUCAUUAGAUGAAGCGCAAGAAGCGGAAGCCAAUCAAGUCUUACAUUCCAUCCAUGACAUCCGAGAGCAAAGCAAUCCUCAAGAUCCGGUUACCAUGGCGCUGGUCUGCCACGCCCUUGGGAUGCUGUACUUCUUACUGGAAGAAUACUCAAGGGCAAGAGACCUCACAGAAAAAUGUCAGGCGCUGAUGGAGUCGUCCGGUGAAGAGGAUUCAGAGCUGAUGGGUCACGUGGCAAACUUCAGUCAGGCCUUGCGUGAAUUACCUAACCAAAAGGAGCAAGGCUUCCUUGCUGGUGGCUACUAAAACAUCUUGACCUAUUCUAUUCCGACCUUGAAAUGAUGUUGGUGGGGUGAUAAAUUCUUGUAACUCCAUUUCUGACAUUUUUGUGACCAAUAAUCUUCAAGCUUGAUGUCUUGAUGUAGUGUACGGUCAUUCCAUAAAGUUGGGGCAAAAAAUAUGACGGUGUCCAUGUAACCUAGGUAUGAGAUCUUCUACUACACAUAGAAGAUGAAAUUUCUGUUGAAGAUUUGUAUGCAAUGAAUAUAUAUAUAUAGUAGUGCCCUGCCAGAAUCGUUCCUGUUUCAAUUGCUUUUCUUCAAAAUCUUUGCUUUAAUACACAUCUCUUCUUACCAGCGUUACAUGGACACCAUAUUCAUAUAAUAUUACAUAAACUUUGGGUCCAUAAUAUUGAUUAACCAUGAAGAUUGAGUACUUCUGAAGAUAGUUGGCUAUGCUUUUUAUGAAAAAAAUCAAUUUGAGCAAACAUUGUUACAGUUGAUAGGAGAUAUAGUUUCUCACUUC